UGCAUCACUAGUUCUGUCACGUCCACGAAAAGCGGUUGAGACAACGCUGCUGCUGGGCGUAUAAUUUUCAUUGUUUAUUUCGGCUUUUUAUUAAAUAGUGUAUUAAGUUAAUAACAAUGUCUCGAAAUCCAAAGCUAGAGGAAUUUGAAAUUGAAAGAAAACCUUCCAGAUUCCAGGGGGUGCGUAGCGGCAGCGAUUUCUUUUCACGAAAGCAUUCGCAUUUUCUUGAUAAAAAUGCAUCCAGGGGAAGAUCACUUAAGGGUUGGGGUAAACUGCUGCUGUUCUACCUGAUCUUCUACUCGUCCCUGGUGCUGUUAUUCGCCAUCUGCAUGACGACCUUCCUUCAGCAGUUCAUCAACCCGCGCGUUCCAAGAUUGCAGCAAGAGCACAGCGUAAUCGGCACCAGCCCCGGGCUCGGCUUCCGGCCGCUCCCGCCGGACGUUCGGAGCACCCUCAUCUGGUACAAGGGCACCGGCUACGACAGCUACAAAUACUGGGAGGAUGCGCUGAAAAAGUUCCUAUCAGUGUACAAGCAAAAGGGUCAAACAGCCGGCGCCGGUCAGAACAUCUUCAACUGUGACUGGAACAGAUCGCCUCCACCAGGCAAAGUCUGCGAUGUCGACAUACGCAGCGGCUACGAACCCUGCACGGAGGAAAACCACUUCUCGUUCCACAAGAGUUCGCCUUGCAUCUUCUUGAAACUUAACAAAAUCUACGGAUGGAGACCGGAGUUCUAUGAGCCCCAUGAAUUACCAGCAGACAUGCCCGAAGAUCUGCAGCAACAUAUACGAAGCCUGUCCAGUGCUAAUAAUCAUACGAAUAUGAUCUGGAUAUCGUGCCAGGGCGAGACGCCGGCCGACCGCGAGAACGUCGGGCCCGUGCGCUACCUGCCGCGCCGCGGCUUCCCCGGCUACUUCUACCCCUUCGAGAACGCCGAGGGCUACCUCAGUCCGCUCGUCGCUCUCUAUCUGCAGAGACCUAGAACUGGCAUAGUGAUCAAUAUUGAGUGCCGAGCGUGGGCGAAGAACAUCAUUUAUAACCGAAAGGAAAGACAGGGUAUCGUCCAUUUUGAAAUCAUGAUCGAGUAGACAAUACCAGCUACUAGUAUAAGUAAGAAAAUAGCAAAUCAAUUGGACUUCUAGUUUAAGAGAAAUCAUGAUUAUGAUUAUGACACGGUAUUCUUAAAAUACCAAGUUUGCUUGUAGACGAUUUAUGAAAUAUUCAAAUAAAUUACUAAGUUACUUUAAAAGUAUACUUAAAACGGUAUACUGAAAAGACCAUAGUUUAUACAUUGUAGAAUAUUUGGAAAACUUGUAUACUAUCAGUAAUGUUCACCUUUUAGCAAGAAAAGACUGGUCUACUCAGUAGACCUAAUGGUCUUUUCAGUAGACCGACACAAAAAUGACUUCGAAAUAAUUUAUGAAUCUCAUCAUAUCUCAGCUAGCAUUUAUAUAUACAUUUCCAUAGCAAUAAUGAUAAUUUAGACAUGUUUAUACACUUAUUACAACUCCGUCCAUUUUAUUUUAUUUUAAUGAUAUUAUGUAAGCUAAAGUGCCUAUACACUACCGUCCAUUUUAAUCUGAAUUAAUUGUAUAUUUUUAUAACAAAAGCCAAUGUUUGUAUGUAGAUAAGUGUAGACCCACCGUAGAAAGAUAAUAUCGGCCACAUCUUUGCCUCCCUAGAAUUUUUAUAUUGAACUAUCUUUCUCUGGAAAAUACCAAGUUUAGUACAUACUAGCGUUAAUUUUACGUACGGUCUUUUAUAUUAUUAUUAAACAUUUAUACAAAUGAAAAUUGAUUCACACAAACUGCUUAGCAAGUUUAACGUUGUAACGCUCAAUAGAAAACUUAAUUUGAAAUACGAAUAGGAAAGUUUGCGAAAUAGAAUGACCAAUAACAUAGUGUUUUUACUCGUCAUUCCUUCGUUUCCUAUUCAAUAUUUUUGCAGCUAAACCCUUAGUGUACUUAUGGUAGCUGCUAUUAGUUCUAGAAAUUUUAUAAAAUGGGUCUUAUGUUAUUUUUAUGAGUAAAAUUAUAAGCAUUUUAUAUCGAGACUAAAGAUCUGCUUUUUAGUUUUAAUAUUUUUUAUGUAAUGUUUGCACUGCAUUUUUAAAUUUUGUAUAAUAACUCUGUAAAAAUAACCAUAGAAUACUUAGACAAAAGACUGACAACAAGUUUUUUUUAUUAUUAACAUGCGUCUUCAUCUUUGUACGUUUCCUGCAAUAGAUUUGUUUUGACCUAAAAUUUAACAUGUGGUUUAAAUGCGGCUUACUAUAUAUACGAGUUAGAUCUUUUUCUCAAGUCUACAACUUUUAUAUUAGUUUACAAAUUAUAUUAUUUUUGUAUAUUUUAUACCCAGUUUAGCUUAACAUGAAAAACAAAACCAAAAGUAUCCAUUUAUUAAGCAAUAUUUUUAGUAUUAUUGUAUAGUCAAAUUCAGUGUAUAGGAAUAUUUUCCUUAAUAUAGUUUUAAUCAGUACUGUUUGCUUUUAUUAUAUUUUCCUUAAAGCUGUAUAAAAAUAUCAUUAUUUUUAUACUCAUAAGAAUAAAAUUGUAUCAAUUCCAGUGAAUGGACAUAAAUAUUAUUUUAUUAUUUCUGCUUGAACUGAAAAUGAACAUAAUGGUGGUAUUUUAUUACAUAUUUUGAUCUAAAUAAUUGAGUUAUGAAUGAUGAUUUUUUUUAUAACUACAUAUUUUAUUACAUAAUCUCAAAUGUUUUACAGACGAAAAUGUGACUUAUAUGCGUAACUUGUCGUCCGUCCAUUGUAAUUAAUUAUGUUUUUUUUUUAUUUUGUAAGAUAAGAUGAAUGUAAUGUGUGUUUUUAUAAAAUAAAAAUAUCAAUCAAUGCAAA